CAGCUUGCACCUGGGGCUACAAUUAGCUGGUUUGUCCAUUGUGUAGCACACCUUAAUCAAUUUGUUGAUAAUUAUAGCCUGUGGUGCUCCUAUGGAUUUUCAAAUGUCUCAAUCUGCAUCUUUGGAACAACAUGCACUUACUUUCGCAUAUAGCGAGGUUGAGGCCGCCAGGAUUAUUGAAUCAAGUAAAGGUAAUAGUACAUUUUUAACUUCUAUAUCUAAUCAAGAUGUGAUUAAGGAUUAUGAGAAAGAGAGGCGCAAGUUAAUUGGACUUGAAUUACAUGCGAUUACUCUGACUGAAUAUUAUCGGGCAAAACGUAUUCCAAGAGGUCUGCGUGUCAGUCUGCGCCCCACUAUAUUUAAUGACAAUUUAGAGUUUGCAAAGAAAUAUGAACAAAUAGUAAAUAAAUGUUCGUUUGAUAUAAUUCUAUUGAAUAUUGAGUACUUACAGAGAGAAGUUAUGGAGACAAAACAACGCCUUCAAACGAUUGAGUGUGAGUUGAAACAGCAAACUAAUACAGAGGUUUAUCAGGAACAGCUGAGACAUAUGGAGGAGAGCCUGUCUAAACAUCGUCAGUCCAUAGAGGAACGGAAGCGUUUGAAAUUCCAUAGAGAUGAGGCUGAUUACAACACUGGACGCAUCUACAGGUGGCAGCGCGAGUCAGGCACAACCUGGACACCUAGGGGUCCUAGGCGAGAGGGCCCACAGCAGGACUUGCGCUCCAUGCGUUCCACACGUCCCACGUGGUCUCCAGCAGGUACAGAGAGACGCGGGGAGUGGCGGACCCACAGCCUGAACCGCAGGGAGAGGGAAAGAGACGUGCUUUCGGCAAGGCAACUGUCCCCUGCGAGUAGCAGCUUUGGGGGCUCGACAUCAGAGGCUUCCUCAUCUUCUUCUUUUUUAGGGGCAGGUCCAUCUCGAUCCCCACAAGGACAAGGAGGGGUGGUAGGAGACACCGGAGGGCGGAAGGACCGCAGACAGCAGCCACAACGCAGAGCACGGACUUUCAAAAAACGACAGUAAGAUUCAGAGAUGUGGAAGCUCCAGAUUCCUAACAAUUCAGGGGUGAUUUGUCCCCUGAGUUUGGCAUCGGAGCCA